AUGGCAGACGCAACCGGAAUUCUGGUUUUCGGGGAUGCUCCCGCCGGUCAGCUGGGUUCUACCGCUCAGGAACUGCUUGCCGCCGGCCGCUCGCUGGCGGACAGCCUCGGGCAAGAACUAACCAUCGCGCUGUUGGGCGCCGAUGUCGCUCGUGCGCCGCAACAGGCGAUCUCGCAAGGCGCCGACCGGGUGCUAGCAGUCACCAGCCCGGCAUUGGGGGAUUACCAUCCCGACCUGUACCUGUCGGCGAUGCAGUCGGUGGUGACCGAGACCAACCCCGGCAUAAUCCUGAUUUCUCGCAACAACGAAGGGCGCGAACUCGCGCCACGGCUGGCGUUUCGCCUCGGCGUUGGCCUGGCCCAGGAUUGCCUCGAAGUGGGCGUGGACACUGACACCGGCCGCCUGUUAGCGAAUCGUCCGGUAUAUGGCGGUAGCGCUGUCGCUGUGGUCAGCUGCAAUCAGACCCCACAGAUUGCCGCAGUGCGACCCAAAACCUACGAACCCCUGGACGCUGACUCCGCCCGUUCCGGCGACGUGAUUGCCUACCCAGUGGACAUUGACGCAUCCGAAGCGAAAAGCCGAGUCGUGGAUGUCGUUCAGGAAGAAGCCGCCGGUAUCAAACUUGAAGACGCCCGCAUCGUGGUGUCAGGCGGCCGAGGCCUUGGCGGCCCGGAACCCUUCGCCCAACUGGAAGAGCUGGCCGCCCUCCUCGGCGGUGCCGUGGGAGCAUCCAGGGCGGCUGUCGACUCGGGUUGGGUUCCGGCAAAUCAGCAGGUCGGGCUCACCGGCAAGACCAUCACUCCAGACCUGUACAUCACCGUCGCCAUCUCCGGGGCCAGCCAGCACAUGGCCGGCUGCAGCGGCUCCAAAGCCAUCGUCGCCAUCAACAAGGACGGCGACGCUAAUAUAUUCAAAGAAGCCCGCUACGGAGUCGUCGGCGACUGGGAAAAGGUAAUUCCGGCGUUGACCGAAACCAUCCGCGAACUAACCCAGUCCUAG